AUGUCACUCGCUUUCAGUGUGGUUAAUGAUAAAAGCAUUUGCUCCUCACUACAUGCUGAAAAGAGAAAUAAACAAGAAGCGAAUUUUAUGUAUACUCAACUAUUCAAGCAAAUCGUUCUUGCCACGGAUUCACCAGUCCAUGAAAAGCAGGAGAGAGCAGAAAUGAUCGCAUAUUGUCGAAGCUAUUAUACUGAGAUUAAUAACCAAUCAGCACUGACGUUUCUUGAACGAUAUGAACUUGACGAAAGUCAUCACUCGGCUAUUUGGUGGUAUAGUUGCGACGGAUUUCUUUAUAAAAUGCUCAAUGAAGCUUGUCGCAUUCAGGACAUAGAAACAAUGUAUGCAAUGCGCGUGUUCAUUCGAGAUCUUCAUCGAGAGAUCGAGCAACUUUGUUCAUUAGAACCUAGUCGUUCAUCAACUUUGAUUCUCUAUCGAGGACAACAACUCAGCCGCUCUGCAUUCAAAGAAAUCCAAUCUAAAUCUGGAGGACUUUUGUCAAUCAACAGUUUCUUUUCGACCUCAUUGAAAAGUGAAGUUGCUCUUAUGUUUGCUGGAGUGUCCGAUAGUAUCAAUACUAUUGCGAUUGUAUUUCAAAUUAUUGUACCGCCCGUAGACACUAAAGUGGUUCCAUUUGCUAAUAUUGAUUCGGUAAGUGCAUUCGGAGGAGCCGAAACAGAAUACCUUUUCUCAUUCGGAAGCGUUUUCCGUAUUGGUGAUAUCGAUGAAUAUCCACACCCUGAUGGAGAGCUUUGGUUUAUAAAAUUAACCCUUACUAUGGACAAAGAUCCUGAACUGGUCUGUCUCACAGACUACAUCUGGAGUCACAAUUUACAUGGUCGAAUUGAUUUAAGUAGUUUUGCACGUCUUAUGAUCGACAUGGGCGAACAUGAGAAAGCCGAGGAAGUCUAUUCAACAUUACUAGGACAGCUAUCCUACCGUGAAGAUAUGAAUCGUUCGAAUUUUACGCAAUUAGAAACUGAAUUGGUAUGA